UAAGUCUGUUUCAAACGUAUCGAUUGGUUGCCGGACGCUUGAGUGGGGAACUCCGGUUUCCUUUCCUUUCCUUCUAUCGGAGAGUUACUAGAUCAAGUAAAAUAGUAAGGCAGAGACGCACUCUGGAUUCGACCGCGAUAACAUCCGAUAAUAAUGGCCGAUCCAACCCUACAAACGUUUUGCUGUCAUCACACAAAUCGGACAGAUCGGGCGAUAACGAUAAUGCAAGAGUUUAAUACGGACGCAUACAACACGGUGUGCAUGUUCUCGUCGACGAUGGGUAUGAUAGGUGCGAUUUAUCAGAUACUACCCAGAGAGGAUUCAAAUAAUUCUUAUCGUUGGAGGAGUUUCUCCAGAGGACGAGAUAUUAUUGUACGGCUCGCUGUUGCUGAUUUUUUAGCAUCCUUAGGUGUGUUUGUGAGAUCGGCGCUAUGGAGGAAUUUCAAGUCCAUCAUGCCGAUGGAAGGCGAUAUGCCGAACGUGGUAUUCUGCGCCUUGUUGUCGGCGUGGAUCCAAUACUUCUACAUGGCUACAUGGAUAUGGACGUUGUGCUAUGCGGUGGAUAUGAAGCUGCUGCUGGGAGACAAGAACGGCCGUCCCGUGUGCUAUCACACCUUGGCCUGGGUGCUUCCUGCCGUUCUCACCUUGUUUGGACUGAUUAUUCUGUACAUUCCAGAUGCAAACUGUCACAGCCUGACAUCAUUGUCUAGCGCGAUAUUGCGCAUCCUUCCAAACUACUUCGCUACGUACGUACUGCUAGCGGUGGUCAUGAUUGUGAAUCCCAUCUUAUACAUUGCGUCGACUCGGGAUCUUGAGACGGUGGUUCUACAUAGCAUGGCCCAGAUGACCAGCAGAGAGCGGAGAUUGAUACAAACAAUCAGACUAAAAUUCGCUCUCAUCAAUGUGGUUUAUUAUGUGUGUUGGACGCCUAAUCUAAUUAACGGAGUACUAUUGUGGACCUUGUGGUUCCAGUUGCCGAUCAAGGCGAUCAUCACUUUGUGGUACAUAAUGGCCGUGACAAAUCCUCUUCAAGCGUUUUUCAACGCGAUCGUUUAUCAGUCGUGGACCAGAAGGGAAAAGUUACGCUUUGAAUGUUGUCAAGAUGUCAAGUCGAACACCAGUAUAAAUUUAAACGCGAUCGUCAAGAUGAACAACAUGCACGUUUCCGAAUCAUCUCCACUGUUAAAUUCACAAAUGCAAUAUGGACAGAAAAUACCACAUAUCAGUAUAAACGGAUCUUCGUCUCUGUGACUCUAUUUUACUGUCAGUUUGUGAAACGUGUAAAUAUCGUGCUACAUCGUAGUGUAAAAGAGAAAUUUAAUAUAUGAAGUAAUUUUUUUACAUAUAAAAUCAGACUCGCGCGAAUCGCGCAUUUCUGUUCACAAGUGCGAUAUUUUUACAAGAUUUCUCAGAGGACGUCUCGAUAAAGCAAUAUUUUAUUAAGAGAUUUUUCUAAAUAUAUUUUACGAUAAGAAAAAUAUAUGUAUAAAAUAGAAUUUUUUAAAUAUAUUACACACAGAAAUUGUAUUAAAAUAUAGCUUUUUAUACAUUAUACAUCCGUGAUAUAAUAAAUUCAAAACGGAGGGACGUAAUUUAGCUAAUUUUUAACCAUAAUUUACCGAGAAUCGAGAUUUUAAAAUGUAGCAACGAAGAAGAUGCAAAACUAAAAGGAACUGCAUCAUGCAAAUUUUUUAAACAGAAGAUUUAGUGCGUGUACGCAUUUGCAAUAUAUAACAUUGCGACUAUUUAAUUACUUUGAAAAGAUAAGGUGCCUUUUUAAAAGAGAAUAAAUAUUCGUUUUUACAAGUAUGCGUUGUAUAAUAAUCUCAUAAAUAAAAAGAUAUAUAACAAAA